CUAUGAAGUAUCUGGAUCAUUUUGAUGCUUCUCAUUGUGUUCCUCUUCCUUCACAAUAUUUUUUACUGCCAUGGCAACAUAAGCUUAUUUGAAAAAUGUUUUAAAAAUGACAUAUUUAAGAAGAUAUCUAGGCUUGUCUACUUUUUCUGGGAAAAUAAAAUCCUGUAUGUAUUAUAGUUAUGAAAGUAAAUCAAGGUUAAAAACAGUUGACGAGUUAUUUGAACAACUUGUAAACGGAAAUCGGGCUUCGCUUGCCACUACAAUAACUUUAAUUGAAUCUACAAGAGAUAAUCAUAAACAUCAUGCAGAUAAUCUGCUUUCUAAAGCACUUUCGCAUCUUAAAAAGCUCCAAGAAAGUGGCAAGUCAACUUUUAGGAUAGGGCUUACAGGAGCACCUGGAGCUGGCAAAAGCUCUUUAAUUGAGAAAUUUGGAAAAAAACUUACGUCUGAAGGUCAUAAAGUAGCCGUUCUUGCAAUUGAUCCAUCGUCUGUGAAAACCGGUGGAUCUUUACUAGGUGAUCGUACUAGAAUGAUUACACUUUCCCAUGAUCCAAAUGCUUAUAUUCGCCCGUCUCCGACCGCAGGAACUCUUGGUGGGGUAGCAAGAAAAACCAACGAAGCAAUUAUACUAUGCGAAGCUGCAGGAUACGAUAUUAUACUUGUAGAAACUGUUGGUAUAGGUCAAUCAGAAGUUGCUGUAGGUGAUAUGGUUGAUAUGUUUGUACUAGUCAUUCCACCAGCUUCCGGUGAUGAACUACAAGGUAUUAAAAAAGGAAUUGUAGAAAUGGUUGACUUAGUAUUAGUUAACAAAGCCGACGGCGAUUUGUUACCUGCAGCAAGAAGGAUUCAAAGCGAAUAUACAAGCGCUCUUAAGUUAUUAAGCAGACAAAGCGAUAUUUGGCAUCCAAAAGUGCAUUCUGUUUCAUCUUUACUUGACGAAGGUUUUGGUAUAGUUUGGGCCGAAAUGACAGAAUUCAAAAAUAUAAUGCUACAAAAGAACUUAUUUUAUUUUAAACGCAAACAACAAUACAAAGCUUGGAUGUGGAGAAUUUUGAGAGAGAAUAUUUUUGCUUCAUUUACAGAAAAUGAAAAGGUCAUCGAACAAAUUAAAAAACAUGAACAGUAUGUGGAGGAAGAGCUAAUGACACCAAACAUGGCUGCAAAUAGUGUAAUAAAUUUUUUUAAAAAUGAAAAGGGAUUGAAGUAAUAUAUGUGUAUAUAUUUGUGUGUAUGUGUAAAUAUAUAUAUACAUAUAUAUAUAUAUAUAUAUAUAUAUAUAUAUAUAUAUAUAUAUAUAUAUAUAUAUAUAUAUAUAUAUAUAUAUAUAUAUAUAUAUAAUUGAUUACUUUUAAAUUAUUUUUACUGUUGCAUUUUGCGUUAUUUGUAUUAUAGCUGUAUAAUGCAUUCGAAUAAUUUUCAUUUUUUUUUUACUUUUUGAUUCUUAAUCUUAGUUAAACACAAAAAAGUUUUUUGAAUUUAUUAAUAAUAAAAAGUCAUAGAAAGUUAUAGAAAUAACCUUGCUUUGAUUAUUAUCUGAUCUUGUUUUUGAUAAUAAAUAAAGCUUUUUAACAUUUAAAAAUAAAGCAUUCUAACCUAAUAAGAGUGGAAAUAAUAGCUUUUCAAAGUGAGGUGCUUAGCCAUGAUGCUGUGAUAAGGUUUUUGUCAUUUA